GUGCUGGGCCAGAGAGGCUGACAGCUAGUUAUGCGGAUGCUUUAAAAUGUUAAGCAUACUGGAGAGCAGCCAUGUGAAAAUUUUCCACAGGCUACUCUCACUGGGCUUUGGAGUCACAUAUAUCAAGUCUUUUGGCUGACUGUUGGGUGGUCAGCUGGGCAAGUUUAGCCGUCCAGCAAUUUGUUCAAAGUGCUAUAUUCUGACGGAUUGUCUUGGCAUGGCAGAGCGACUUCUUUUCAUAACUCACUGCUUGCAAACCACUGUAGGGCUAGUUCCAAGGCCCUCCAGAGCCACCAGUGAAAGACAGUAUUGCUAGAGAGCCCUUUUAUGGGAUUACUUCUUAAAAGUAUACAGAGAGCAGAGCUGUUCCCUAUUGUCUUUGGUCACUCUCUUCUCUAGAUUUGCUCUGCAUCCCGUACCCAAUGGACUGCACUGUACAGAUGUGAUGUGUGUCCAGCAGAGCUGAGGCCCCCAGUCAGCAUGUUACAAGUUUUGAACCUUUUAAACUGAUCACAACUGUCUCCUCCCAACAAAUAAAAGGAAAGAAACGAUGGCAGUGAGACAGAUGGGGAGGAGGAGGACUGUCUUCAAAGCCAAAAGCAAGAAGUUAGUGAGCAAUUAGGUAAUUAAUCAUCAAGCUAGUGACGUCAAGCUUCAAGUGAGGUUAACCUCUGGCUUGUUAAAGCCAAUGGCUUUUCAGCAAAUUCUGAGGAGCUUACAAUGCAAAUAGACAUAACUGAGGAAUAGAAGGGGAAAAACAAGAAUAAAUUCCUUCCCCAGCUCCAUCCAACAGGGAAUGGACCUUCAGGAAUCUGUCUGUCCUAUCUGCUGUCAGGCUAUAUCCCUUACUUCAAAAGAGACUCUCUUCAUCCUCAUCCCAUUCUGCAGAGGAAACUGGAAGAGGCACCAGAUGUCUCCAUUUUGGACCAGGAUUUGGAGUACCUGUCUGAAGGCUUGGAGGGACGAUCCCACAGCCCAAUGGCUCUUCUGUUCGAUACUCUUCUGCGUCCAGACACGGACUUUGGUGGAACAGCAGAAUCUGUCCUCACUUGGCGGCAUGAGACCAACAGAGCCAUCCCUCACUUGGUCCUUGGCAGAAACCCUCCAGGAGGUGCCUGGCAUUCUAUUGAAGGGUCUGUGGUUACGCUGAGCAGAGGGGAAUGGAUGGGACUCCCAGACCUCCAGUUCAAAGACUGGCUGAGGCAAAAGAGAAGAGGCCUUAGAAACAAUAGAGCCACAGCGGAAGACAUUGCUCAAUAUUACCAACAUUACGUGAUGAAGAAAGGACUGCAGAAGAACUUCAGAUGCGGGACUGUUGUGACCUCUGUGAGGAAAGUGAGUGCAGAGAGCAUCUCCAACCAUGCACAGAAAGAUCUGCAGGAGAGAAGUGACUCACUCUGGAACUUGACUGAGGAAAAUACGGAGGUCUUUAAGGUAGAUGGAUUUUUCAAAACUGUGAAAGGUGAUCAGGAACCCUUCUCCAUCUAUGCAGAGAAUGUGGUCCUAGCUACAGGAACAUAUGAUAGUCCCACUUGGCUUGGGGUCAAGGGAGAGAACCUCUCCUAUGUCCAUCACCAGCUCUCUGCCCUGGAGGAAGCAGUGAAGAACAACAGCAUUGGCAUCAUGUCAGAUCCAGUUUUGAUUGUGGGUGCUGGUCUGACAGCUGCUGAUGCGAUUCUUUUUGCUCACCACUGCAGCAUUCCGGUAAUCCAUGCUUUUCGGAGAACAGUCAAUGAUCCAGGUCUUAUCUUUAACCAGCUCCCCAAAGUGAUGUACCCUGAAUACCACAAAGUCCAUCAGAUGAUGAAAGAACAGUCGGCUGCUUGUUCUGGGCCCUAUGACUGUUACGUUAGCCUUCCUGAACAUCAUGUGCUAUCCUUUGGCAAGGACAAGAAAUGUAUCCUUCAAGACAAGAAUGGCUACCAAAAGGUUUAUAAAAUUUCCAUGGCUCUUGUUCUCACUGGUUCAAACCCCAACCUUUCAUUUCUGCCAAAUAACGGCAUUGACUUGGCAGUGGACGGCAACCAACCAGUCAAUCCCAAGAGGAAUCCCAUAGAUGUUGAUCCAUUCACCUAUGAAUGCACUCAGAAGAAAGGGCUUUAUGCUCUAGGACCCUUAGCUGGGGACAACUUUGUACGCUUUGUGCAAGGAGGGGCUCUUGCUGUUGCCAGCUCUCUGUUAAAGAAAGCAAAUAAAAAUCCCCCCUAAUGAAAAAAGCACCACCCCAUAUGCUAACAGUGUCUAAGAGAGUUACUACUGUUUUCUUAGAGAAGCAAGUCUCUGAUAUGUACACCCUCAAAUGUGAAGCCCUCACUCCUUGGUAUUCACCAAGAUUGUGCAGAGAGUUACUAAAAGUUCUUGCUGAAUAUUUGGAAGAAUAAGUCACCAAAUAAACAGAGUGGGCUUUGCACAUGGUGAUACCUUGAACCCUAGGGGAUUCAGCUCCUAUCCUGCAUGACUGUGCAUGAAGGCAUCAGGGGCCUUGAAUCUUGUGCUGCAAAAAUGAGGAGCAAGAUAGUGAUUGCUCUUCUAUGUAACACCUUCCAGGCUACUGAAAAUAAAUUGGGGAAAAACUGAUAUUCAUUUGGCAACCCUGUGUCUGUCAGGAUCUCAAAGUAAGCCAGUGUAGUAGUAUUUGCUCCUCUGGCUCAGCUGUAUGUAUAUUUUUAUUAGAAAAGAAUUCACUGAAAGAUGCUGCAGGUAAAUUUUUAGCACAUGAAGUGAUACUCCAAAUAAAAACUGGCAAAGAAGCACAGUCUAAACUGUGCUUACUGAUGGCACCAGCAACAUGUUAUACGUAGAGUUUUCUUUAUUCAAGUGAUUCAUAUGAUGAUUUGUUUUCUCUUUCUGAAGAGUCUUCAAAAGUGAUGGUACUGACUUACAAACAUCCAAUUUGCCAGCUUACAGCAAAUUGCUUUCUAACUCCUAAAACUGCUGUGGCUGCGUUCUCAGCAGCUACUCUAAAGACAGCAGAAUUAAAGGGAGCUGCUGGCUUACCUUGAAAUUCUGGUCAUGGAUUGUGUGGGACUUCUGCUGCACGGAGUAUUGCAGGAAAAAGCAGUAUGUUGUAGUAUGGAUCCCUGAUCUUGCAUGAUUUUUCAAGAAUCCUGUUCAUGAAUUUAAGAUUUUUAUUGGCAAAGCACUUUGUUACGGGUUUUCAGUCAAUCAAUGUUUUGAAUGAGCUGGGGUGGGUGGGAAUGGUGCUUAAUGGUGCAAACCUCAACGGACCUGUGGGACCUUCUGUACCUCUCACAGGAAAAAAUAAGAACCAUGAUCAAUGUUAUUCAGUGUAGAGACAGCCUCUGUUCCCUGUGGUGCACUAAAACUCACUGGCAUGACAGCAUGCUACAAAUGUCUCUGGAAAGCUGUGUGUGUGUGGAGACAGUGGCUGUUUGCAAAUGACCCUCACAAGUUGUUCAGGGAGACGUACAAGGAACUUGUCUGCAGUGUUGUAUCUCACUAGAAAAUUUUCAUCAGUGACUGUACUAUAUGAAAUAUUUUUCAAUAAAAUGAUUUCAGCCUUA